CUUGAGAGCCUGUUCGCAGGCUAUGUAAAACGUAACAGAACGGCGAACGUGCAGAUUCUGACAUCUCAAAUAAUGGUAAUGUGGGACAGUAGCGUUGCAGACUGCAGAGGAGAGUGAGUAGUGAGGCCCCCUCAUGCACCACCCCAUGGAAAACCUGCACCCUUCCUUGCAGAUGAGGCUAGUUCAGCCCCUGGACUGCACGUUUGGAUGCAAUUGUAAAAGUGCCGGGUAAAAGUCAGUUUUCGAUAUUUUAAAAUGUUAUAUACAUGUAUAUAUAAUUCUUAAUUUCAGGACCCGAAGUACGCUGUCGAAUGUCCUCUUGGGACAAUACUGCGUGUCGAGAAGGUUGGUGGAUCUACAAGCCGUGGAGAAAAUGCGUAUGGCUUGGAAAUAUUUUGCAAGGUACUGAACGAUCUUUCGGUAUGGUUUUUGCACUGACCUGAAACUAGGGUUGGAUUGAGAGUAUCUGAUUGAGAGUAUCUGUAAAAUUAUUUACAAAUCAAAUUGUUACUGUAGGUGUUGAAAUCAUCUUUAUUAUCAAGCAAAUGGUUUUCCCUAUAUGUACUGUAACUUAAAAGAUAUACAUAGCUUCACAGUUCACACCCUCUCUGCGAAUGAGUUUUAGAUACUUUUACUGUCGAUGUAAUGGAAGUGUUGAUAAAAUAUUGCACCAAUUCCUUUCCUCAAGUUGAUCAAUUCAUUUGAUAGAAAAUUGAUCAACUUCCUGUUACUUUUAGAUGAACCAAUUAGAUUUCGUUUCAGAACCAAUUGACCAAUAGGAAACGCACAGGAAGUAAAAAGAAAUUUGAAUUCGUAUGAAUUGAUCAACUUGAGGAAAUGAAUUCAUGCAAUAUUUUAUCAACACUUCCAUUGCAUCGACAGUAAGGGGUUGAUAAUGAUCUUGAAGCGGCUAUUGGGCUCUUGCAAGUGACGUCACAAUACGUAUUUGGUGACUUCCGCCAUUCCGAGUGGCAAAUUAAAAUAGUUAAUGAAAAGCGAACAUGUCAUCAAAUAAAGACUAUGUCACUGUCUACAGCUGUUCCUUUUCUUGAGCACUUUGAAGAGUUAUAAAUCUUGUACAGGUAUCUCGCAAGGCAGGUGAACAUGAAAUUUAUAAGUAUAGCUUUGUUUAGUACAUACAUGCCGCGUAAUCACUGCAUACGCUGAGAAAAUGCCUACAUACUCUCGCCAGAAUGUCAGACUCGCGCUCUACCAAAUGAGCUGCACUAACAGAUCUUAAUUAAUAUUUAAAUUAGCAUUCGGAGGUAAACCUGGUCGUGUUAUACAACUCAUAGAGUUGCAGGCGUCGAAUUUAGCGGCGGCCAUUGGCCGUCGAUGCCCAGCUCACUGGCGACUAAUAUGAACACUUUAUUGUUACUUAUAUACACUUGUCAUUACGUACUAUACUAAAUUUUCGGUAUGUUAUACAUAUAUUUUUUAAAAUGUUUAUGUUACAUCAGUAUGCAGUAUGGUUCUUAACAUGCAGUAACAAUUCAAUGAAAGUUUCAAGCUGACCUUUUUGCCCUGAAAAACGUAUAGUAAUGUCCAGCGAUGUAUACAUGCAUGGUGCUAAUUAUAUAUUAUAGGAUAUGAGAAACCUUCGAUUCGCACACAAACAGGAAAAUCAUUCCCGAAGAAUUGUAUAUGAGAAACUUUUGGUAAGUUCAAAUAUUUCUUCUGAUACAUGGAACGACUUUGUUUAAACUUCCAAAAAGAUCAUAGUUUGUUUAUAAGUAAUCAUUAAAAAAUUCAUUAAUAAUUCACGAGGAAAAUAUACCAAAGAAAUGAAUGUUUAAUCAAUGUUUGUAAAUCGGAUAAAGAUUUGUCGUGAUUUACAUAAACUUCAGCUUUGAUUUUCUCGGCUUAGACCAUGUUUAUUUUUAAAAUUACUUCGCCAAUGAACUCAUCCGAUGGGUCAUUUUUUAAGUACGAUAAAACAUUCGCAUCCGAUCGGCUUUGAUCGGCUGCUCAUGUUUUAUCUAGCACAAACAAAGAAGUGGAAGUGAUUAUAAUAUUUUUCAGGUACUUAUUCACGCAAAUAUAAGGGGCAAGUUUUUGUAUAGUAAUACAUGUAUCUACACUUCAUCCCAAUGUUGAACGUAUCAUAAUAAUGAUUACUGUACCUACUUACAGUUGAUACAUCAUACAUGGCUGCAAAAACAAGAAAUUUAAUACUACAGGAGGCAAACCCGAAUGCAGUAUUUAAUUUCGAGUUUCUUGUUCGUGAACUCGUGCAUGCAUAUACAGUAAAUUCCGACAACACACGAAAUAGUGUGUUAAACGUUUAAAUAUUUAUUUUGAGUAAAUGCUUAGCAAGUAAACACUUGCGAGUUGCGAAAAAAGUUCAGUGCCAUUUAUUCAGACAAAAUAUCCAAGGUAUAAAACAAUGCCAACUCGUGGUAUUAUAUUUGGAGUUGUAUUUUUUCGACUUCGCCCCUCUUUCACCGCUUUGCUCAAAGACGUUCAGUGACAAACACAAACUUACUAUAUAAAGCACGGAAAAGCCCUGGGCAUUUGCUCUUUUUGUGUUUUAGUAUAGAUUCGACGAUAUUCUCCUCGAUAACCUCGGUACUGAACUCACGAAACUCUUCACUUUCCGCCAUCUUUGAUUGAGUAGUUGCCGUGAAAUUAUUUAAUUCAUCGGCACACUAAUUGUCGCAUUAAUGACCGUUGUUGUUAUAUAAAAGCAAAUCACUUUGUACAAAUCGAGCAAUUAGAACGGUACAAUGUACAGUUCAAAGUGUGUAAUUAGUUUAAUCUCCUCAGUGCCACUGGCUAUAACUCUUCAUAGUUUAUAAUGAAAACAUCUAAAUCUAUUUUGAGAAUCCUGUUCACUGUGAUACUGCCAACUACAGCUACUAUCAUCUGAACUGUAUGAAGCCAUAUUAAUGUGCUUUAUGUUUUAUUUUCUUUUUAGCAAAUGGCAUUCCCAUUACCAAAUAUAAAGGUAGGGUACAUGAUUAAGUUUCGCGUUUGUCGUCAGUAACUACAGUACCUACCUAAUGUGAACACGUUACGUGUUUUUGAUUGGUUUUCUGGAACAAAAAUCGUCAGUAUUUUUUACUCGUUCAGUCGUUCUUCGGAAAUAUGAUUCAAAUAACUUAUUAUAGUGUAUUUGUUUUAUUAUCAUAAUCAACCGAUUAGAAAUUCUAUUGUAAAGAUAUGGCCAGAGCGACCCGAAUUUGAAAAAGAAACUAAACAAGACCUGCAUCUUAAGACUGAAAAAACUGAUUAGGAGUAUGGAGAUGUCAUUUCAAUAAUCAAUGCCUUACAGUUGUUUCCAUUGAUAUUCCUCUAAAUUAACUUAAUUAACAACUCAGAGUACAACUGAUCCAAUCCUUAUUUUCGGACUCGAAAUAUGUCAUUACAUGCAGUAAGAACUCGGCUCUAAUAGUCACAGAUUCUAUGUUUUCUUAUUAAUGUCAACACGUCAGUUAUCGACGUUAUUAGUCAUGACCACUCUGGUUGCAUCGACUUAUGAAUUGCGAUUGUUUUCAAAACUCGUGACGAGUCGUAACGGCUACUGUACGUGAAUUGAAAUUGAUGUCAUAACUGGUGACGAGUGUUAACGACUUGUGAUUUCACAAUUGGUGAUGAAUGUUGUUGACUCGUUUGAAUUCCUAUUGACUUCACAACUCGUGACGACAGUUAACGACUCGUGAAUUAUGAUAGAUUUCACAACUCGUGACGAUAGUUAACGACUCGUGAAUUUUGAUAGAUUUCACGACUCGUGACGACAGUUAACGACUUGUGAAUUGUGAUUGACGAGUUGUCAGCUCUCGUAACGACCGUACUAUUGGGUAUGUAUGAAAUUUCAAAUUGUACAUGUGGACUGUACACGUUUUUAGGAGUUCUUUUGCUUCAAAUUACAAGAGAAAUUCCGUGAUAAUGGCUGGGACGUCUACGAUGCAAUACGAGAUUUGCAACGACAGGUAAUGCGAAUGUUUUAAAACGUUCACGAUGGAAAGUUUAAGCAGAGAAUUUGAUGUUGUGGGAACGCCUUUCGUUGGGAGAGUUCGUAUAGAGAAUGUGGAUAAUAGUGCUGCACAUAAUUAGCAAAAGACAAAAGAAAGUGCUCUGAUAUUAACUUGGCAUUUACUAUAGACCCUUUGCACUGACGUCACAAAUCCUUAGAGUGUCCUCCAGAUGCUCCCUAACAAUAUAUGUUCGGGUACAACAACCACAUACAGCCCAAAAAUGAACCAUUUUAAUACAAAAUUAUUAUAAACUUUUGCAAAAUUUGCUUUGUUUACAAAAGUUAUAUUAUGCAUAGAUUGCUAAUUUGUCCUCCAGAUGCAUCGUCGCCGGCGCUGUGACGUCAUGUGCAAAGGGUCUACACCAGUGAAAUGAAUAUAACUGGAAAACUACCUUCAGCCGGAAAUUUGAAGCCAAAUUUGAAGGCCAGUCUCAGUUUUUUCACGCAUGCGAAGAGCGCAGUCAAUUAAGUAAGUACUAAGCACCUGUAAGUAAGUGAGCUGUGCUAAUCAUCCUUACUUGCAGCUGAGAGCUAAGCUGAAUUACGAGGGACGCAGCUCAACCUGAUCGAGUCGAAGGCUUUCUAAGGACGCCUAUGGCAGCCACCUUAUGACUCGUGUCUGAUCACGGAGCACAGCUACGGUGGAAGGGUCAGUUAGGGGGAUAAAUGUCAACAUACCCUGUGGGAGGAAAGCGGAGUACCCGGAGAAAACCCACGACUUUCGGUAUUAUCUCAUACCUAGCAUAUUAGCGGCUUUCCUAUUGGCUACGAGGAGGUGCGUUCAAUCUCUCGAACCCACCUGCUGACGUAUGUUUAGGACUUAGGAGGGGGGUUCGAGGUCGAUGUUUCGGCGGCGGCCAUCAUGAAGCGAUUUGAACAAAUUUCAGACGAAGAUUUAAAGAAAAAAUAAAUUAACUGUUUUAUUCUGUAUUCAUAGUGGAAGAGAAGAAAGAUGGCCGCCGAAAUUUGUUCGGCUCGGGCAGGUUUAUAAGUCUUGGCAAUGUUUCCGCGGAAUGUGUGCAUUUUCUCUUUUCAAGAAUAAGGGCAUAUUGUAGAGAAUUUUUUAGCUUCAAUUUAAGCCUAAGUUUGUUUGUUUGCGUAAUAUGUUGGCGGCUAAAAUGUUCGUUAUCCAAACAGGAAACUCGGUAUAUCCUAAAAUUCUUCAGUACUUUUUACCGAAAUGGCAUGUGAUAAAUCAUAAAAACCAAACAUACUUGCAGGUUCGGUGAGUCCGGGAUUGGACGCACCUUGGGUGGCUGGAAGUUUCCCGAACCCACCUCGGUGAGUUCGGGAGACUUCCAGCCACCCUCCGUGCGUCCAAUCCCGGACUCACCUCCCUGCAAGUAUGUUUCUUAUAGAGCGUUGACUGACUCUUCACAUAAGUGUCAUGCAUGAGUCCGUAGCGAGAAAGGCGCGUGCUCUAACGAUUGCGCUACCGUCAUCCGUCAACAUGAAUAUGUAUUCUGAAAAUCGGCUUAAAAUUUACAAAGAAAGCUUUUUAACAGCGCUUAAACAUUCUUUAUUCGGGUAAAACUUACUAGUAGACUUUACUUUUAGGUUUGAAGGUAGCGUACCAGUUCUAUUCAUUUCAAUGUGCUACAGGUAUACAAACCUACGACAAUGGGAUUGUGCAUGGCGUUUGUCUAAAUCUAAUAUAUAUUUUUUUGUUUUAUUUAACGCGCGUUCUUAGGGUUUACCAACAGACUGUUGGAGAAUAUCGAAAAUAAACGACAAGUACGCGCUUUGCGAUACAUACCCACCUUUAGUAAGUAUACAUAUGUGUUGAUCUGCCUUAUAGAAUAGCCCGACCCAGUAUUCAACCUAUGCCGUAAAUGAUCUAAUAAACGUCUAGUGCGUUCAUUAAAUAUUUGUACUACCAACCUUGUUCAGCACUGUAUUAGUGCGAAUUUCCGUGGAUAUACUACUUUCAUUUUGUUGCUUACUCUGCAAGCAACAAAUUGCAAAAUAAAUACAGAGUGGUCCGAAAAAAUGCAGUAGUUAUGUCCCAGAUUUUUGUACAGCUAGCUAUUAAUAGUGAGAAUAAAAAAAUGUUAUCUAUAAGAGAUGAAAUUUGACAACAGGAGUCAGGACUACUAAAAUUAGUCUAGACGAACCAAUGUUAUGGCUGUUAUUGUAAAAAAGUAAAAUAACAAUAUGCAAAUUCGGUAAAUGCAUGCAUGAAUUAAGCAUGCGUGAUAUAGGCAUUGGUGCAGCCAAAAAAUGAAAGUUUUAGCAGCUAUUUAAGGGACUUAAAAUUGAGUAAAUUCUCUGAUAUUUGGACCAUUGAUAAAACACAUAACAAAUUUCUUGCCCAUGAACUCAAAAUGGUUUUUAAGGUUUUUAAACUUUUAAAUUUCGCGCGCAAGCUAUUUUUAAUGCUGCUAAAAAGAACCCCCUCCCCCCUUCUCUGGAAAAUUUAUCUUUUCGAACUUUUUUGUUUAUUGUGCAUUAUAUAAGUACCCAAACAAUCUAUCAAAAAUUUCAUAAAAUGAACGGAUUUGUGAAAUUAGGAGCCGAUUCAAAAUUGUCUACUUUUUUUAUACACCCUGUAUGGUGUCAAAAUUCAUCUUUCAGUUUCAGGUUAAAUUUUCGAUGCCCACUUACAGUAUAAUGACUGUAUAGCUGUGUAAUUCUUCCAGGACAGCCUGACACUUUUGAAUAGGAUGCAAAUGUAAACAAAGCCGACACUUGCGAAUGGACAGUACCAUUAUAUGCACAUCUUUAAAAUAAUGUAACUAAAAAUAAAAUUAUAGUGUAGAAACGUCGCACCAGAGGUGUAACUUAACUCUUGCCCGCUUGCCCGGGGCAAGUGAAUAUCAUGACGGGCAAGUAAACGUUUUAUCUUGCUUGCCUGAUUGGACAAGUUGCCUUGCCACAAAAUGCCGGACAUUUUUAAGUUUAUGUUUUCAUUAUCGGAUAAAUUGUUUAUACUGUAGUGCAUGUACUUGAUUCCAAAUUUUUUUGCGGGCCAAAGCUAGAUCUGAGGCAAUAUAACAUAGCCAUAUAGAGAGCAGUGAGAGAACGGGUCGACAUGUUGUCCUAACUAGGUACCCCAGUGGCCAUUGUCUAAUGGCAAGUGAAUUUUAUCCAGGGCAACUAAUUUUCGUGCCCUGAGGGCAAGUGGUCAAAAAAAGUAUAGUUACACCACUGCUCGCACUAUAUCCUAAUUGGGAUAUCUGAGUUUGGCAUUUGCAGUGUAUGCAUGAGGUCGUUGGUUUAUCGACGUUGUUGGAAUAUAUAUUAACAUCUAUAGGUAGGAGUUCCUACAGAUGUCACGGACGAGGAUUUGAAGCUAGUUGCACCCUUUAGGAGCAGGUCAAGAAUCCCGGUAGGUUUUUCACAAUUUCAUCAUUGAGGUGUAUAUUUUUGAAAGGUCGUCGUCGUUAGACGCUCAAGUACAUCCAGUAUAUGCACUGAUGUACAGUAUUUUUAUAUUAUAUUAUAGAGACGCGUUAUGCGUCAUUGGUGUCAUAUUGAGUGCUCUAUUUCCGUAGAAUAAACAAUAUUUAUAAAAGCAAAAUGAUGAAAUUGUGUCCAGGUUUAUUGUAUCAAGGUAGUUGCACUCCCGUACAUAGAUUGGAAUGGUUUAUCAACUUUCCUUCGAUGACAUCACUAUUGAGCCACUUGGCCAACAUCUGCAGAUCUACCUCAUCUACAUGUGCUGACUGCAGUUUUACAGUAUUUCUUUUGAUUUGAUAAUAUUCGUGUUAUCUUUUUUUCUAUUUCUUUUCGGCUGACCCCAAAUAUUUUCUAGGAAUAAUGGUCCCGUGCAUGGCCCUCUACUUUUUCACCCCCCUAACUGCAUGUGUACAGAAUAAAGUAAAAAAUUAUUCAACUUUGAAAAUCCUUCAAAUUUUCCACCAGUGAAAUCCGCGUGGGUUUCCCAACAUGCUAUUGCCAUAGAAUAAAGAUCCAUAUAGAAGGGCCACUUACGUCGGAAGCUUUGAAGUUUCUGUCCUCGCGCAUGUCGCAUUACGCAUGUUGGCCGCCAUCUUCCUAGCCAGUCAAUGACAUUUUCUGGCCAAUAAACACGCUGUACUGGCUGGCUGCUCCGCCUUCUGGCCAGUAAACUGCAUAUUUUUGCAUAAAAAAACGAGGACACGUUGCACCGCUGAGUGGCCCUUCUGUUACUGAUCUUUAUUCUGUGCUAUUGCCUAAUACACCCUUUCGAUAAUUACGUCACAACUACACUGUGUUCAACUUAGGACCACCUUAAAUGGAAUGGAUUUCAAGUUUGCUUCUCACGGGCGAUGGGGAGAGAAGCAGAACAUCAUCCUUCAACACAAUCAUAAAAAAGAAUUUUGGAUUUUGACCAAUAAAUGUGGAAAUAAGCUUUAACACGAAAACGAGGCUCCCGCGCUGCCCCUAGAGCCUCACUUUCGUGUUAAAUCUUAUUUGUAUAUUUAUUGGUCAAAAUCCAUAGGCCAUAGGUAACAUGCUGUAUUCAAAUGAAAGAAAAAAACUAUACAAACUUUGGAUGAAAUCAACCUUAAUUGCUGUUAUCAUGUAGGUUCUUUCUUGGCUACAUCCUGUCAAUAAUGCGUCAAUUACGCGCUGUAGUCAACCCAUGUGUGGAGUAAGGGGUACGAGAAAUAAAGACGAUGAGAAAUAUUUACAGGUUAGACUAUAUCAGUGGCGAAGCCAGCCCGACAAUUUGGUCAUGCCAUGCAAAUAUUUCCGUGUUCAUAGACCGUAAAAACAAUCAAUUUGUAAAGAAAUGAAUAAUAAUAAUGGUUUAUAAAUUGCAUAGCAUGACCAAAUUGUCGGGCUGGCUUCGCCACUGGCUAUAUAGAAUUAACGUAUUUCCCACAUUUUGAAAAAGGUAUUUUUCGCGAAAUUUACACACGCGCAAUUAAACACCCUAGUCAAAAAUUUGAAUCAUAAAAUUCAUGAUAACAACAUGCACAGCUCAUAUAUCAACAUAAAUUACAAAUUAUUUAAUAAUAUUCUUAGUAUUAAGCUACAGUUUGCAUUUGUCGUGUUAUCGGCAAUAGAGAUGAGUAAAGAGAUUGCCGACUACCGUACAGACAGUAUAUACAGUAACCUUAUGUUGACUUGUUUUGAAAGUUGUAGUUCAGAUUUCUAUAGAAAAUCAAAUGUUGUUCAGAAACCUUCGCGAAAUUUAAUGCCCGUUUUCUAUUUUCGCCUACCGAAAUCACGAAAAUAAAGUUUCGUGAAAUAUUGCCUCAACAAGUGAAGUACGAAUAAGGUAAUAAACGGACAUCCUGCCGAAGUCAUCACUCUAAUAACGGCUCCUCCCCUUCUGAAGUCAUAAUUCUAAUAACCCCCCACCUCUUACUGAAAACGGUUUAUUAGGAUAAAUAUGACACGCCAGAUUCCGAAUUGUUUUACAAGUGUAUAAUGUUCGUGAUCUCGUAUCGAUAUUAAACACUUUAAUUAUACCAAUAGAUAUGAAACAACUUUUAUACGCAGUAUAGAACGUAUUAGGGGCCAUUCACAAAGGAUGUCCAGCCAAAUGAUGCAUUUUCAGACCCACUCCCCCCUUGUCCGGCAUUGUCCGAAUUAGAGAACCCCCCGGACAUCCGCCAUGUCUCGCAAAAACUCACGCAACCUUGUAUAUGUCAAGAGUAAAAAACUUUUCUUACUUUUUGUAGCACUUUUUUUAUAACUAAAUGUGAAUACAAAAAGAGUUAUAAAUGCAGAAAGCUAUUAUUUCACGACACUGUUGAAUUUAUCAUUGAAGGAAAGAAUUAGAUAAUAUUAUGAAGUGUCCAAAAUGCCAAUUUCACAAUGGGACGGAGAGUUCAAAAUAGAGGCAAAAAGAAAUUUGUUUUUGAACUUUUUUAAAAUUCGGACAUCCAGAUUGCUAAAAAAAAACCCUCCCCUCCUAUGUCCGAGUUUGUCCUGAUUUUCCAACCCCCGGCUUGGACAUCCUUUGUGAAUGGCCCGUUAGAAUUACUCCAUGGUCUUUUGCCUCUUGCUUCUAAAGUACUCUAAUUUCUAGCCCCACGUGACAUAUAUUCAAUUACUAAUGUCAGUAAUGUCAACAUUGCAACAAGCUAUAGAGAUCUAGGGAGAGGGGUAAUGUCAGUGACAGUGCACGUACGUGUACAUGCAUUAACGUUGAAAAUGAUUUAUUUUUUCCAGAAUAUCCUGGAGGCAAAUCCACAGUGUCAUAAACUCUUUAUUAUGGAUGCAAGGCCAAAAAUCAACGCCGUGGCCAACCAGGUAAUUUGUGUUGUGAGAAUAGUUUUGAUCUACUUUGUUUUGCGCGUAAGCUCUUUUACGCAUUCUUUCAUUCAUGACAGAACGUGCGCUUCGAAUAACUGUCUUGUUUGUUUGUUUCAGGCUAAGGGAGGCGGUUAUGAAAGUGACGAAUUUUAUCAAAAUACAGAAUUGAUCUUUUUAGAUAUCGCAAAUAUUCAUGUUAUGAGAGAGAGGUAUCGAGGACGUUUCAUGUUUAUGAGGUUAUUCAGUCUCUGGCGAUCACAGUCAUAAGUGGAGACCUCCGACGAUGGCUGGGGCAGACCGUUAAAAGAAACUAAGCGAGAUUUCAAAAUGUUCGAAUAUUUACGCAGACCAGGGUUCGUACAAAACUUGAAUGUCCUAGAAUUUGAAAACAAAAAAUCAAGGCCUUGAAUGUCCUUGAAUUUGUAAAGAAGUACUUGAAUGUCCUUGAAUUCUUCUUGAAUUCUUCUUUAGUUUUUGGAUAUUUUCUGAAAUUGUUUGACAUUCAAAACGGACAUUUUGUUGAACUGAUUUUGCAUGUUCAUAUCUGACCUCAUUAUAAAGUUACGUUUUGAACAAUUCAACGUCAUAUUUUGCUGAUUUCUAACGCCUUCUCUUCAGUAUUUAGUCCUUGUAUUUGCCGAUACAUGGCCUUGAAUGUCCUUGAAAAGUCCUUGAAUUUUACUCUUCCUGACAUGUACGAACCCUGGCAGACUUGCAUGUUCACAAAUUAUUCUCAAGUUUGGUAUAAUACAAUAUUUUAUUAUAUUUUUUCUCAGGCGCGUAUGAAAAGCGUUGUAAACUUCCAAAGUAUAAUAACUAAUAUUCUAAACUAAAAGGCUAAUAACUACAAAAUUUUUGUGACAUCUCACUCGAAUGAAUAAUAUGGGUAUUGUAGAUGGAAAUUGUCGAGUAGAAAUUUAUAUACUGUACAUUUAUCAGACCUAACCAGGAACAGAAGCGAAAAAUGCAAGGAAUUGAACCUGCGGCCCUGUGAUUCCGUUGCAGCGCUCUAACCAAUUGAGCUACAGAGGCCAGUUGCCGAGCUUGAAGGCUAAUUAUUCCGAACUCUUCCUUUUAGUUUGCGCAAGCUUAAAGAUAUUUGUUUUCCAUCAAUUGAUGAUGUUCACUGGCUUGCAAACCUUGAAGCUACUCAUUAUUUGGAGCAUAUUAAGGUAGUUACACUUAGAGCACUUGUUCCGUGAAUAUUUUCUCGAAAAUAAAUAGAGGAUAUUAGACAGUUGCAAAGAGAUAUGGAUUUCAUGUUCGAGUGGCAAAAUCAAUAUCUCACGAGUGAGCGCAGCGAACGAGUGAGAUAUUGUUUUUGACACGAGAACAUAAAUCCAUAUCUUCUCGCAAGCGUUUAAUGUUCUGUUUAUUAUAUGGACUUAUUCAGAGUGACAAAAAUACACACAAAGACGACAUUUAAAUAAGCACGCGAAAGACCAGUGUAAAAGCGAUAUUUUUUUAAAUUAUAGUGCAAACAAUACUAGAAUAAAUUUUACUUAUCUCAAGAUGUCUUUUAAAUGUUUUCGUUUUAUUUCCAACGUUAAUUUCGUUUUAAAUACGAACCAAAGACCAUUUGUAUUUUCAAAACAACAACAAUGAAAACUUCGUAUGUCACUAGCAGGGGUGAACCUGGGCGCACCUGGUCCCGGAUAUAGUGACGUAUGGGUUCUACGAGUGUUUUAGUUUCCAGUAAAACACCAUUGUCCAUAUAAUAAAUACUAAUAUUAUACCUCACCUUCAAAUUGUCCAAUCAGGAAGCGUAGUUUGUGGCACGUGAGCAUGAAAUUAAUGGCGAUAUCACGCCUUACGUUAUCAAUUAGCGAGCCUGCGUUCCUUUUGACAAUGUUCCUUUUGACAAUGUCCCUGGGGAACCCCAUAAUAAUUAAAUUUUAAACGUAAAACCUGGGGCUUUUUCAAAAUUUUGAAGCAAAUUGUGAAAAAUGUUGUCAUUAAUAUUCCAAACGAUAUGUGAUUCGAAAGAAAAGCGACGAUACUUGCGUUAGUCCGAAAAUAAAACAUCGUAUAUUCACGAAUGUAUGUGGCAAGUUUUACAUUCUCAACUUGGAGGCUUUUAAUUUUCGGUGAUGGUAUUUCCUCCUCAGUGAUAUUUCCACCUCAGUGAUGAUAUUUCCUUCAGGGCAAAGCCCCUUGGAAAAUAUCACUUCGGGUAAUAUUUCGCCGAAUCCCCCUCGCCCAGGUCUAUAGAUGAUAAAUGUCUAUAAUACUUUCUAAAAAAUGGGUGGAUGGGAAAAAAGUAAUAACACAUGAAAACUGAUGGGCAGCAUUUCUAUUUUUCUUGUUUCUUAAAAGUACAAGGUCGGGAAAUUCAUAAUCCAACAAAAAAUAUAAGGCAGCGUGGUGUAAUGCUAAAUAUUGUAGUCAUUACUGAAUCAAACAGCCGAACAAUUAAAAGCAGACCGGCCAAGGCCGGAUUUUCGUGUAAAUUGGGGAAAUGGGAAAAUAUAGGGUUUCACUACAUCCCGGGUGUUCUUUGUAGGUGCCCAUAGUUAAAGUUGAAUUUUUAUAAAAUAAACUGAUCACAAACCCCUAACCCUAACCCUAACCAGGACAGUAAAUGUCUCAUAAAUAAUUUGAGAAUUAAAAAGAGUCUGAAAAAAGGUCAAGGACGCCUUUAACGAAUACGCUACCGGAAAGCUCGCUGAAUGCAAUUACAAAUCAUUGAAGUUAACUGUUAAAUGUGAGAGUCAAAUUUUGACUUUGAUCCAUCGUUUGAAAUUUCUCAAAUGGAGGUGCAAAAUUACCGCAGGGGAGGUGCUCAGCUCCUCUCAAAAUCCGGCCAUGAUUGAGCUGCUGCCUCUAUGCAAAAGCAGAGAGAUUGAUAUUUUUGUGUCCUUUUUUUGGCCAACCCAAUGGUUUAAUUGGUUGGUUGAACAAUGUAAGUUGUUUAAAAUGAACUUGUGUACUGUAUUGGGAAGUAUUCGCGUAUCUUUCAUUUUUCACAUGCACAGAUCUUUGUGUCUGUCACACCGUUUCGUAUGCAAAAACAUUGUAUUUUGCAUUAUAUAUGUAAUAUACUUUUAGACAUUAAUACGGAAGUCUCUAUUUUAGUUGAUUUUAGCUGGCGCUGUGCGUAUAGCUGAUUUGGUUGACAGAUGUCGAACCUCAGUUGUUGUACACUGUAGUGACGGUUGGGACAGAACAGCACAGGUACCGUAUCACAUGUGGUAAAAUAGGUUUAUGUGUGAACAUGAAUUUGGCUCAAUUGGCCUUAUUUUGACUCAAUUGGGCUUAUUUUUAGACUUUUUUUGAGUUGACAGCGAUUUACUGUGGAGUUACACAUGGUUCUGGAGUUGACCUGUACAGUAACUCCAGAAUUUUUAACUCGCAUAUUUUGACAUUUGAAUUUGGAGCUAGCCCCUUAAGCUAUAUAAUGGUAAUGUCGCUCUAUGACUCCCUAACUUCUGCAUGCAGCCAUCUUGUUGACGACGUAUAUAAGGAGAGUUUGGCAAAUUUGUACACAAUGUAAACAAUUUUUCACCGUAUUUUGGGGCUAUGGGGUGUGUUUGGGGGUGGAAGGACUAUCUAACGUCUCUUGAAAAAUGACGGUACGUCUUUUCAGUUACGCACAACCAACGUAUAGUCGCAAAACGUGUUUCAUGUGUUUCCCCUUGUUUCAAAAACCCCGAGCAAGUCCAUGACAAUAUUAUUGUAGUAAUCUUCAACACAUAUGACAAAACAUAAGAUUUUUGCUUCCUUAUAUGCACGAGCGCCAUGACGCAAAAUGCUUCCAAAAUUAGGUGUACCAAUUUUCGGUGACGUUCCUGUUGACAAAAACGUCGCUAGAACGUCGAAAUGGUGUAUAGGCUGUUUGCCUCCAUGUUACAAUAUAAUUUAAGUAAAAGCUAUAGCUUUGAUUAAACUGUAACUUACAUUGGUUUAGCUUACUGCGCUUUCCAUGUUGUUGUUGGAUCCAUAUUAUCGAACGAUUGUUGGAUUUGAGGUAUGAUUAAUGCAAUUUUGUGCCCCAAAGUUCUUAAAUGACUAGGUUUUUCGUUUUAGUUUAUUAGUUUCACUUUCUUUCAUUACAGGUUUUAAUUGAGAAGGAAUGGCUAAGUUUCGGACAUAAAUUUGCACAGGUACAUUUAUUACUUUUUGUAGUUGGUUUGAAAAUUGCUAAGCGAAAUACAAACUCGACUAUAUUCUGCAUCAUACCAAUUCUUCCCUUAGUUGAUCUUAUAUUUCUUUCAGCGCUGUGGUCAUGGGGAUAAGAAUUAUUCAGACGAUCAACGAUCUCCGGUUUUUGUACAGUUUAUUGAUUGUGUCUGGCAAAUAACGAGACAGGUACAUGGAUAUUUUUGCUAGUGUAGUUUCAGUAACUUAACGUGCGCUAACAAAAGCCGUAAAGAUAUGGCUCGAUUUUGAACAUUUUAAAUUUUUUCCCAGUUUCCCUGUGCGUUUGAAUUCAACGAGCAUUUCCUCAUUACCAUUCUUGAUCAUUUGCACAGGUAAUCUUAUCAUUUUUCAUUACUAUUCCUCAGUACUGUGCAAGGUUACAGUACAGGUAUGGAAACAAACAAACAAACAAACAAACAAACAAACAAACAAACAAACAAACAAACAAACAAACAAACAAACAAACAAACAAACCAACAAACAAACAAACAAACAAACAAACAAACAAACAAACAAACAAACAAACAAACAAACAAACAAACAAACAAACAAACAAACAAACAAACAAACAAACAAACAAACAAACAAACAAACAAACAAACAAACAAACAAACAAACAAACAGACAAACAAACAAACAAACAGACAGACAGACAGACAGACAGACAGACAGACAGACAGACAGACAGACAGACAGACAGACAGACAGACAGACAGACAGACAGACAGACAGACAGACAGACAGACCCAAAACAGACAAACAAACAAACCCAAAACAGACAAACAAACAAACCAAAACAGACAAACAAACAAACCCAAAACAAACAAAAAAAAACAAAAAACAAACAAACAAACAAACAAACAAACAAACAAACAAACAAACAAACAAACACAAAACACCCAAACAAAAACAAAAACAAACAAACCCAAAACACCCAAGCAAACAGAAACAAACCCAAAACACCCAAGCAAACAAACAAACCCAAAACACCCAAGCAAACAAACCCAAAACACCCAAACAAACAAACAAACAAACAAACAAACAAACAAUCCCGAAACACCCAAACAAACAAACAAACCCAAAACUCCCAAACCAAAACACCAAAACACCCAAACCCAAAACACCCAAACCAAAACACCAAAACCAAAACCCAAAACAAACAAAACUGAUGGACUAUAUGGAGAGCGAGGGUGGAAAAAUUGUUCCAUUUUGACUGACUUGCAUGGUACUCGAUCGACUACACUCGUUUUCUGUUCCUGCAUAAUUAGCCACAUACAUGCCGUAGUAAGAAAUGAUAUUUACCGGUCUGUAUAUAUAGCCUUGUAUUGUUUUUACAUGUAUAUUAUGAUUUACAAAAAUAUAUUUUGUAUGUAAUGUGAGAAAAAAGCAAAACCAGUCUGAAAGUCAGUCAUCUGCUAUGCAUGCUAAGAAUAAUUUUGAAUUACUAACUUCUUAUUAACCAAGUGCGAGGUCUGUACAAAGAAAUAUCUGACCGAGGUAACUUUUGAACAAACCGAGCCCGUAGGGCGAGGUUUGUACAAAAAGACCGAGGUCCGAUAUUUGUUUGUACAGUACCAAGCAAUAUGGCAUUUAUAUAGGCAUUUGUACGUGAAACUAACCAGGAAAUGCAUGAUUUGAAAUGCAUAUUAGUAGCGUGAUACACAUUUGGUCGAACGAAAACAAAAAAUGCCAUCUUUUCCACUAAAAACCAUUCGCAGAUAUUUUAUUAAUAACAAAUUAAAUUCUAAUUUUCAAAUUUUCAAUUAGUUUUGCUGUUUUGUUUUAAAAUGCAUGCGUUUGUUUUUACGUAAUGGACCGCCGGUCCAUCACGGGAAAAUAAUGGACCGCUGAAAGUGCUUGUCAGCCAAUCACAGUCCGCUAUUUCACCGGAAGUGAUGCUUGCCAUAUAAUAAUUAUGGAUAAUGUGUUGGUUCUUUUUGUCGAUGAUCUUCGGUUGUAAAGCUAUAGUAGUGAUGUUGGCCUUACUGCAGGAUAAUUUGGAAACAUUUUAGAUCCGGUAUAAUAAUUGAACCUUUCGUUAGUUUAAUUUCCUAAAUUAACAAUGGGAUUAAUGUAAUCGAAGUAUUUUUUCUUUGUUUUAGCUGUUUGUUUGGAACAUUCUUAUGUAAUACAGAUUGCCAGAGGGUAAAAGAGGUAAGAACUAGUGCCAGUGGCCUAUUGUUGAGACCCCGUCGGAAAAUUGCAAUUGAGACCCGGUCGGAAAAUUGGAAAUUUGUUAUGUUGUCGGAAUCUUCGUGGUCAAGCAUACCUGCAUAAUAUACGAGUGCAUGGGAAUUUUACUUCUCUUCGUUGUUUGACAAUGCGAAACAUGUUUGAAUAAAAAAAUAUAUAGAUGAAAUAUCGGAAAUCGGACUCGGUUUACGUUUUCCCAAUAUACGUUUAUAGAAUAGUCAAUAUUUAAUUCAGUAUCACUUAUAUAAUUAUUUAUGAACUCACUACGCCCCUGACUAGUGCGCAGUAUAUUAUAUAACAUUGCAAACUUGAAAAUCUGUGUCAUUUGUGUGUAUUGGACAUGAGGCCGUUCAUUUAGUUUGUGCACAAAAUUUCCGAAAAUUCUUUCCCCUCCUUUCCCCAUGUACCGAAAGCGCAAUAGAAAUGACGCCAAUUAAACAAUAAGCUAGCGUAUGUAAACACUACAAAAAUUCUGAUUCUCCCUCCCCCCUUUGUUGUGUACAUACUAUAAAGGAUUACCCCGUACCAAAUUAUACAAAGUUUUACUUAUUUUAUUUUCAGGAAGUAAGGAGCAAAACCUGUUCUCUAUGGUCGUACAUUAACAGUGAUGUAAGUAGUUUGCUAUUCUUAUAAAAUUCUUAGGGGCGGUUUAUAUAGUUUCAAUGAAAUGUGACGUAUUUUGAGCAAUUGAAAUACGUGUUUCAGCCCUGAACUAAAGUUAGACAACUUUAAAUAUUGUUGGAACGCGCUAGGGGCUAUGUAGUGGAAGAAGACGAUUAAUAGCAUUCAACAACAUUUGUUUUUUUGUCUAAAACAUGGAAUUUCAUACAAUCUGUAACAAGCAAUUUGUUAGACCAUGAAGUGCGACUUAUUUCAAUUGCUCAAAAUUCGCCACACUUCAUCGAAUCCUGGGUAAGCGGGACCAUAUAAACAGCCGCUUAGAAAGUAUUCAAAGGCCAUCGGCUACAAAAUAUAUAGUUGAAAUCGACCAAAAUUUUGUCUGAUAUGUAAAAUAUGACGUUAUCGGUUAGGUGAUAAUUGUCAGGGUUAACAAAUGAAUAUAUAUACACUUCUGAAAGUUUGUUUUGGUUUUGAAUAGUUAAAUUUUGUCAGAAUUUUUCAGCAUUUCAGAGUUUUUAUACUCUGCCUGUAAAAUCAUAUACUCUAACGCCCGUAUUCUAAAAGCUCACUCACACUCGCACUCAAUGAGGUAGAGGUUCAAUCUGAGCUUCGCUCGAGUGUCAUUGCUGCUUUUGAAUAGCUGGAGGGUUAGUGUCGUACCUUACUAUUUGAUUACUCACCCACCAGCUAUUCAAAAAUAGCAUUGGCAUUCAAGAGAAGCUCGGAUUGAACUUCCACUCAGUGAGUGUGAGUGAGCUUUUAGAACACGGGCGUAAAUCUCCCAGUGUUGUACUAACACCAAAAACGGUGUAAAUUCCUGCCUCAGUAUUUACACCAAAAAAGUGUAAAUUUACACAUUCGCAAGUGUAAAUAUAUACACCAGUGAGUGUAUUUUUACACCAAGUUGGUGUAAAUUAUCUCGCUUCAGAAUUUACACCAAAAAGGUGUAAACUUGCAUGUGGUAUAAAUAUACACCAGGGAGGAUAUUUUUACGCCAAGUUGACUCAACUUGAGUUCUGACUGAGAACAUUUGCUUUCAAACAAAUAUGCAGGGUGUAUAGAAAAGAUAAUCCAGUUUUACUGUAAGUGCACACAUUUUAUUUUUGCACAUGCAGUAAUGAAGAUUAUAUGGUAAAUUUAGCUUUGUUUCAUUUCAAGCAAAAAUUACCAAAUACCAGCCGAUUGAAAUCACAUUUUCCAUCUAAGAGCAUUAUUAUAGCAGUGCAGAAGAAAAGAAAAAACAGUUAAUUUCUAAAGUAUCAUGCCAAGCAAUAAGCUUAAAACAGAAGUGACCAGAUGUUAGGGCUUUUUAAAUUAAAAUUCAUGAAUUUUAGAUCCAAAUGGGAGUUACUUUCAGUACGUUUUUCACAAAAUUCCCAACCGUUACGGUGUAAAAAUGCGGGAAUUUUUAUUCGAUUCGUAUUUGGCCAUUUUCUCUUAUAAUGAUACUUAUAAUGAUAAGCCUGAAUUUUCUUGUUGUGUAAAAACUUUAUCGAUAACCUCAAUAUCUAACGCAUGCACGCGCACAUGCUGACGUUAAUUGGAUUACCUUUUUUAUGGCACCAUGUAUAAGAUAAACCGAAGUAUCUUCAACGAAGAGAGAUAUUGAAAAGGUGUAUAGUAAUUUCCGUUACAGCUUUAAAAGUUUUUUUUUAACCCAGGUUGUUUUAUUCGCAUUUUGUCACCAAUAUGCUAUUCUGUAUGUUGAAGUAAGGCUAGACAUUUUUAUAUAUCUUUAUAUCUCCGAUAUAUUUGGUAUAUGGUGUUGUGGGUCUAACAUGAAGUCCUAAAUUUUAACCUUAAAAUUUAACCUCUGGCUCAUGUAAACUCGUGGUUGGACGCCCUAAAUUAAUUAAAAUCGUUUAACGUUAUAAAAUACUACUGGUAUAUUGAUGUAGAUGAUACUCCAGAUGGCAAAGAUUAAAUUUAGCUCUGCCAUAAAUAUAAUCAGACAGUUAGAUGGAAAAUGUCUGACGUGCUAUACUGUAUGAAAAAAAUCUGCCUAUUCAUCUUAACUAUGUAUAUAUAUUUAUGGCAGAACUAAAUUUAAUCUUUGCCAUCUGGAGUAUCAUCUACAACAAUAUACCAGUAGUAUUUUUUAACGUUAAACGAUUUUAAUUAAUUUAGGGGGUCCAACCACGAGUUUACGUGAGCCAGAGGUUAAAUUUUAAGGUUAAAAUUUAGGACUUCAUGUUAGACCCACAACACCAUAUACCAUAUAUCGAUAUGUUUUAUUCCAUUGUAGAUGGAGAGCUACAUGAAUCCGUUGUUUGCAACAUAUCUGCACAACCACGUAAGUUCCUAAAGCGUUUAUAGAUAUUUCAUGGUGAUUCAAAGACGUGUGCACGUCCAUAAUUCAUUCAUGUAGAAUUGCUGGGCAAAAUUAUAUAUAUGCAUGAAGAAUUGCUAUGUUAUAAUAAAUUGAGCAGCAUAUAGAUUUAGUAUAGGUUAUAAAUAGUGUGGUUUCGAGUGCAAUUUGUAGAAAGGAUGUAAGGUACGUUUUCACACACUAUGAAAACCAGUGCAAUUUGACGUUUUUGAAAAACUCAUGAUCGUAAUAUUUUCAGAAUGUACAAGAAACUGUACUGUUAUUGAUUAUACACGUGAAAACAUAUAUGCAGAACCAAAUUCAUAGUCACGUAGGCGUAAUCUCUAUUCUGUGGUAAAACGCCUGGCUCCAUUACAUUGCCCACUUUUACAUGCUUAUUUUGUGUCUGCUACAUGACUAAAUGGAAACCACAUGCAGGGAUAUAAGACAUGUAGAUCAAUAUUGACUUAGGAAACAUGCACUAGUUUAAAUACAACACUGAAUUCGUUCAUUGAAAAUUAACGCAGUUAUAUGCAGGCUUAUAAGUAAAGCUAAUCAACUUUCCCGCAAACAGGUUUUAUUUCCAGUGGCAAGUCUAAGAAGACUAGAGCUUUGGACGUCAUACUACAUCAGAUGGAAUCCACGAAUGCAGCCACAGGUACUGUGCUGUUAAUUAAAAGUCAUACCAAAGGGACUUGGUCGGAGUCCAAGUAUGUUUACGUUUAGAAAAUUAUAAAAUAGCGAUUGAUGUACACAACGGGCCUUGCUCUUUGAAAGCUCGUAAUUGAGAGGGCCCAUGAUGCCGUUAAGUUAAAUCUCUAUAAUAAUUCAUUCUCAUCAUUGAAAUUCCUAUAUUUCUAUCCAGGAAUCAGAAGAGCAAAGAAACAGGGAACUCUUCCAACUCACACAACAGGUAUGAUAUAAACUGCUAUAUGUACUACUUUAUUCAAUUGUGUUGGAAAAACGGACAUGGAAAUGCAGCUUAUAUUGUCUGAUGUUUCAUUGAUGUUUGGGUUAAACUUAAAAAUCAAGUAAAAGGUCGACAAAACUGCAUGCGAUUUUGGUUAUUGCAUGCUGCAAAUAUUUUGAAACAGUUGCGUUGGAAAAUGUUGAAUAACCGUGGUUUAACCUAACUUAAUAAUACUGAUAAAAAAAUUACUCAAUUCUGAUUGGCUAAGAGCAGUACAAUUAUUUUUGAAAUUGCACAUUGUGCAAUUACUGCAGUGCAAUGAACCUAUUACCUAAUGAACAAAAUUUUGAUCUAGACAAAAAGUUCACCACAGCUUGAAAGAGCAUCACAAAAUUAGUAAUAUUGCAAAGUUUCGUUGCGAAAUGUUGUAAAAUGCGGAUAAUAUAGCCCUGCAAAGUUUGCCGUUUUUCAGUCAUUUUGUAUUGCGCGCGGGAAAUUGAUACCGCUUCCUGAAAAAAGGUAUCAAUUUCCCGUGCGUAAUACAAAAUGACUGAAAAACAGCAAACUUCGCAGGGCUAUAUUAUCCGCAUUUUACAACAUUUCGCAACGAAACUUUGGAAUAUUACUAAUUUUGUGAUGCUCUUUCAAGCUGUGGUGAAAUUUUUGUCUAGACUUGUCUAGAUCAAACUUUUGUUCAUUAGGUCCAUCAACAAAACAAGAGCAGAGCCUGAAAACGAGGAAGGAAAAAUCAACAUGGCGCGGCAUCCAGUAGCAAUGUAAAUUUUCACUUUUUUGACGACUUUUUGCACACGACUUUCAAUGAAAAAUUGUAUGUUAAUAUAACAAUUUAAGUACAUGGAGCACGUACAGAUAGACUGAAAAGGUUUGGUAACAAGCAAUGAAAACAAUUCUUAAAUGGCGUAUAUAUAUAUAUAUAUAUAUAUAUAUAUAUAUAUAUAUAUAUAUAUAUAUAUAUAUAUAUAUAUAUAUAUAUAUAUAUAUAUAUAUAUAUAGGUAAGUACACAGAUGUUAUCAAAGCGUGUCAAGCGAAUCGUCUUUGAAAAACUCACUCGUGCAUGUUUUUUCCAAAUUGCACUUGAAACCAUACUAUUACCUAUAUACUUACACAACAGAUUAAAUCGAUAAAGUAUUUUAAAUUUUGAUACAUUGCAAAAAAUAUUUGACUCAAACACUAACUAAAAAUAUUGAGUAAAAUUACUCAAAUUUAUUACUCAAGUAACUAAUUUAAAACUUUACUCAAGAAAUUGAGUAAACUUACUCAUGAAUUUGAGCAAUUCUACUUCUGUAGUAAUAAUAAUAAUAAUUUAUUUGGUUCACCAUAAAAAAAUACAAAUACUAGAAAAUCAUACAUAUCAUAAAAAAAUAAUUGUGGUGAGGAACCCAAAUAGAAACCAUCAUGCAGGCUUGUAUACUUUGGGCUACCUCAUUGAUUUCAGCUAGAUUAAAUGAAACAUGUGCAUGAUACAAGGGCAAAGACAGAUGUUCGAGUAAAAAUGAAAUGAACCAAAUUACUAAAUAUUGAAACUAUAUGUAACGAGAAAAAAGAAACGAUCUUAACUUAGAUUGAAAACUAAAAAUAGAUGAUGAAUUACGUAUAUCGGGAUUCAACGUAUUGAAAAAUUUUGGUCCUUGAUAAUUGACAGAAAAUAGGCGAGUAUUUGUCCUGCAAUAAGGGACGCUAAGUGUUCUUGAUUUACGGGUAUUAUAAUUGUGAAUUUGAUUUACAGUUAAAAGUGGACAUUCAAAACCAUCAGGAAACAAUUUUUGUUUGUAUUGAUAAAUAAACUUUCCGAGGUUAAAUAAAUAGACAUCUUCGAAUUUCAAUAUUUUAAGUUCAUCAAAAAUAGGACUGGUAUGCACACCGAAGUCCUGUUUAUCAAUGAUUCGUAACACACGUUUUUGUAGAACAACAAUGCGAUUGAGAUUAGUUGAAUACGUCGAUCCCCAUACCGUAAUACAAUAUUGAAGAUAUGGAUAUACCAGAGCAAAGUAGAGCAUUCGCAAAGCUGAUUUGAAGAGAUAAAAACUUGAUCUAUAUAUAAUUCCAAUAGAUUUAGAAAUUUUAUGAGCAACAUGGGAUAUAUGUGCUUUCCAUGAUAAGUUCUCAUUGAAAAAAACUAACCGGAAAAUCAAUUAAGCAUAAUUCAAGAUCAGCAAACUUAAUUUUUUUUUAACAUUUUGAAACAUUUUUAUUGUUAAGAACAUUGAGUUUCGGCUGAUCUUGAAUUAUGCAUAAUUGAUUUUCCUAGUUAGUUUUUUCAAUUAAAAGGGCUGAAAAUGCGCCUUAAAAACCAUCAUUCAAAAGGCUGAACUGUGCUUUAAGUUUCGUCCUUCAUCAUAUUCAUUUUGAAAUCAAUGGCGUUCAUAGCAAACUGAUUCGUCAAAAAUAGUGCGAUUAAUUCCCAACAAUUAGCCCAUUAAUCGCACCAUCUUCUGCGAAAAUCGCACCAUUUUCAGUACCGGCCAAUCAUCGGUUGAAGUAUUAAUUUUAGCCAGUCAAUCAAAGUAAAGUAUACAACUCAACUAGCCAAAUCUUUAUUGUGGCGUACUCUUGCUAUGUCGCUGAUUGCCUAAAAAUUUCUUGAAUUUUUUUUUUCGCAAAAUUUCAAUAAUUAAAGUUUAGCUUCGGAGUAUCGCGGGUGUGUCUUUUGUAAACAAUGACACCAUUUCCGGUUUACAAAAAAAGUUUUAGAUUUCAAAAUGUAUAUAAUUACUCAAAUAUGAUUGGCGAAUGAGGGCAUUUUUUUCUUAAUUCAGGGCAAAAUUACUU